CCAAUUAAAUAAUUCCGUAAUCACAUUCCCACCCUUUUCCCUCAUACGAACGUGCUACCACCUCCUCCCCCCCGCCUUCUCCGCUCUCACUAUAUUUUUUCAUUCUUUCCAUUUUUUUUUUUCAUUUUUAAUUUUUUUUCCUAAAAUACUCAAGUUACGCGAAAAUUACUUCCUCGAGAUCUUAUUCUCCUUCGCCAGACGAGGAAAAACCCUAGUCUCUCCCGUCACCAGAAAAAAAAUCUUCGGCCUUUUCUCAGUAUCGAGAUUUUGGAAAUCGGAAAUUUUAAAAAUUGCGGUUUUUCCGAUGCGGAGUAUCGUUGGUUAACAGGGAGAAAUUUGAUGAAGGCAUUUCGUAGAUGCUCGAGGAUUUUGAUCCUCUGGUUACUCUGUGUUUCUGUUUUUGUUCCUAUUUUUCUACUGUCGUAUAGGCUCAAACAUACUAAUGAUGUAUCGAAAGACUUCGUUGAAGAUUUGUCCAUCAUUAAACACAGAACUGAGGCUCAAACACUAAGUGCAAUAGAACAGGAAGAACUUGAAGGCUUGAAAGAACCACUCCUAGAGGUGUACAAAGAUGAUACUUCUAAGUCUGCAGACAAUUAUAGUACCAGUGAGGAUACAAGAUAUAGUGGAGUUGGAAUUGCAGCAAAUGAUGCUGGCUUGUCUGGAAAUAAUGCAACCAGGCAUCACAAAGAUGAAGGUGGCCAAGAAAGACAACAACAGGGUGAGUUGCCAGCAUCCGUGAAGAAGGAAGAGCCCCACAUAAAAAGGGCACAACAUGAUCAGGUUUCGAACACCAGGUUAAGGAGGAAAUUGGAUGAGAAGGUACAACUGAUGAAAGACCAGUUGAUUAGGGCCAAAACAUACUUGAGUUUCACACCGUCAAAUAGUAGUUCUCAUUUUGUGAAGGAGUUGAAACUUCGAAUGAAAGAGGUCGAGCGAGCCAUAAGUCACUGCACCCAAGAUUUUAGUUUAUCCAGGAGUGAUAUGCAGAGGAUAAAAGCAAUGGAGUCUACCUUGUUCAAAGCCCGUCGUAUUUUCCCUGAUUGUGCUGCCAUGAUAAAGAAACUUCGUGCUAUGACUUAUAACGCUGAAGAGCAGGUCCGGUCAAACAGAAACCAAGAAACUUUUCUGAAAGGGCUGGGUGGAAGAACCAUCCCAAGAGGUCUCCACUGUCUCUCUAUGAGACUAACUGCUGAAUAUUUUGCCCUGGAGCCUGAGGAAAGGGAGCUCCCUUACAAACAUAAACUACAAGAUCCUCAUCUUUAUCACUUUGCCCUUUUCUCUGAUAAUGUAUUGGCUUGUUCAGUUGUCGUGAACUCAACUAUCUCAACUGCCAUGGAACCAGAGAGAAUAGUGUUUCAUAUAGUGACUGAUUCCCUCAACGUCCCAGCAAUAUCAAUGUGGUUCUUAUCAAAUCCUCCUGGCAAAGCUACAGUCCAUGUGGAGAGUAUAGAAAAUUUCCAAUGGUUAUCCACCAAAUAUAGUGUAACUCUGCAGAGGGAAGGUUCUAUAGAUCCACGAUAUAUUUCUGAGCUGAACCACCUACGGUUUUAUUUGCCAGAUGUUUUUCCUUAUCUGAAUAAGAUUGUCCUUCUUGAUCAUGAUGUGGUGGUGCAAAGGGAUUUAACAAGACUUUGGAGCAUUAACAUGAGAGGCAAAGUAAAUGGUGCUGUGGAGACUUGUAAGGAAGGGGAGAUCUCAUUCCAUCGUAUGGAUAUGUUAGUUAAUUUCACAGACCCCAUAAUAGCAAAUAAAUUUGAUCCCAAAGCAUGCACGUGGGCUUUUGGGAUGAACCUCUUUGAUCUUCAGGAAUGGAGACGGCGAAAAUUAACUGAGGUCUACCACAAGUACCUUCAUUUGGGCAGUGAGAGGCGGCUGUGGGCGGCAGGAAGCUUGCCAAUUGGUUGGGUCACAUUUUACAAACACACGGUAGCUUUAGAUAACAGGUGGCAAGUCCUUGGAUUGGGCUAUGACUCUGGUGUGAGGCAGGAGGACAUAGAUCAGGCCUCAGUCUUACAUUUUGAUGGAAUCCUGAAGCCGUGGUUGGAUAUUGGAAUUGAGAGAUACAAGUACUUAUGGAGGAAACAUGUCAAGUAUGAGCAUCCAUACCUGCAACAGUGCAAUGUCCACGAGUAGUUAGAUCCCAGAUGAGAAGUUUAGACCCCGACAAACAAACACUAUGCCAUUUAUGUAGGAAUCACCCGUAUGUCUACUCCAUUCUUUCUCAUUUUUCCACAAUUUUUACAUGUAAAUUUCAACUCUUUUAUUCUCUUAAACGAUUUUUGUCCGGCCACGAUGUUUUAGAAGCUGAGUCGAUUUUAGCAAUAACGGGCCAAAAUUUGGUGAAGCCCAGUGAUGGUUGUUCCUGGAGAUUUCUGUAUAUAGAAAUUGAUGUAGAGAGAGCUACUGAUAUUGAAUGGCAUGACAUGGGAUUUCAAGACAGACGGACUGGAAUUUGCAAUGUCUUACUGCUUUACUAGUAUGCCUGAGUUGUGUUACUGUGACCCCAACUAAUC